AUGGCGGAACCCUACCUGUCGAACAAGAGAAUUUACGAACUGCUGUCAACGAACAGCUACAGAGGACAGGAGAAGGGAAUCCUACGAUCCUUCGAGAAGAGGUACUGCAAGUUGCUGACCUACCUGGGCACAGACAACAAGCGGCAGGAAAUUAUUUCCAUAAAGCUGCAACAGUAUAUUAAUGAAAAUUUGAGUUUCAGUGAUUCCAAGUCGUACUUCUUUGGAUUUUCCAAGGAGCUGCUGGUGCAUUGUAUGAGGGUAUACUAUUAUGAGGAGCUGUGCUCAGGCGGCAAUUGUGGGGGUACCAAGAGGGACGACCUAGACGACUACAGCAGUGACGGCAGGGGAGGUGACAUGCCAGGUGACGCUGCUACAGAUGAGAGGCUGUUCACGCACCUGGAGAAGAAUUCAGACCAGAUCGAAAUGAGCAAACUACACGAUAUAUACUGCGAUGAAUACUUUUACCUGUUUAAGAAUGUCCUGUGUGUGCUGAAAACGUGCGCCGUUUUUUAUGCCUACCCGAAUUACAAAGCAGAGGAUCUGUCAUUCGAGAGGAACUUCUUCUACGUGCUCUUCGAACUGGUGGAAGGAAAACUCAACAUCCAACAACUGCUGCAGAUAUACUUCGAUACGUACAAAGAUACGAACAACUAUUUUGAAAUGAUUAACAAGACAGAUGUAGAGAACAGGACAUGGGUGUAUAAGUACCUUAUCCUCUUCCUGAACGUGCAGAUUUGUUGCAUUAAUAUUUUUUUUUACAUGCAACUGAGGGUGAACAUUUUUUCAAAGUACAAUUUGAAGUCCAUGGUGGGGAUGUUCUUAUCCUCGUCUCAGGUGGAUAGCAACAGUGGAUCAUACGUAUUAGGUGCAUUGGAGGGAAGAGGAGAGCACCCCCACGGGGACAUCGUUACAAGCACGCUCCUACAGAAGGAGUAUUCCGUAAUUUUUCUCAUGGCGUCAGUGAGUAAUCUGCUCACAUGGGAAGAGCACAGCAAACUGGUAAAAGGUGUCUCCCCCCAGUCAGCCAUUUUAAUGAAGUUUUUUUUUCUUUUCAAGGAUGAAAAAAAUUUUAAAAAUUACGAGGAAAACAUCCGUAUGGUAGCUCAGUGUUUACCUCACCUUUACGAAAUGAUAAACCGGUUUUACCUCAUAGGGGAUAACUUCGUGUAUAAGAGGAUAAUCCUGCGUGUGCUCAACAAUGCUCUGUGCACGGAGAAGGAAAGGGAGGGUGACGUCCUCCCCUUCGAUGAGGAGGCAGACCUGGGCAACAACAGUAACAACAGUAACAACAGCAACAACAACAAUAACAACAACAGCUGUUCAGACAAUACGGAGGUGGAAAACGGGGGAGGCAUCCACCUACUUAACGGUGAUCCCAAGUGGGGAAAACUCCCUCGGAAUAAACAUCCACGAUACUAUGGCGGGAGAAAGAGAGGAGCGGACGGGGGGGAUGAUUUAUCGUCUGCCUCGAACUGCAUGACGGAGGAGGAGGAAGAAGGAGACGACCAGGUGGGCAACGAGGGGGAAAAAGUUCAGGUCCGUCACGUGCGGUUCAACUCCAUGUCUGAGAGAGACAUAAACUUCUCCCUGAUUAAAAAUAUGAAGAAGCAUAUCGAGAAGAAGGAAUUUUUCAAAAAAACAAUAAACUUGAAGUUAUUUCUGAAAAUCUGCACAUGUCUCUGCAGCAAGGAUGACUACAUUCUGUUCAGCCAGGAUAUAUUGAAGGAGGGGAGGAACAUCCACUUAUGCAUGGAAUACCUACAGGAGGAAGACACGCAGGUUGAGUUCGACCUGUACGCCCAGAAGUACUUUCUCUACGACUUCAGUUACAGUAACACGGAAAUUGUUACCACGCAGGAGGAGAGGAAGAAGAGGGUGUCUUCCUACCUUUCCAUAGAAAGCAAAAAUAUUCUUCUGGAAAUUUCGUCUCUCUUCUUCUCCUACGAUUAUUUGAAGUGGUACAACAUAUCGAAUAGGGAAAACCAUCAGCAGGUCCACCAGGACGACCUCCCCGUUGAGCUUACCCAUCGGGACAGCUCCAUAUACCACCCCGUUAUUCUGCAAAACGUGAACCGUCUCGUCCUAGAAUUGUUCUACAGCAAAGUUAGCGUCUCCUCAGUGGAGCACCUCAUCAUGUUCAACCACAAUUUGUUGUCCAUUUAUAGAAUUCUGAAAGCGCUCAUCGGGACGAGUGCUAAUUUAGUCAGUUUUAGCGAAGUGGUAAAAAGGGUGGAUGCAAUUUCCAAAAGGAAUGACGACAGAAUGGUACCUGUUAACACGACAGAGGAGUUCAUGGUGACCGUCUUGGAAAACUCCCUCUACUUCAAAAUAACAGAAACGUUGAAAAGGAAAAAGUUAAGUCCAAACAACGUAUUUAUUACAUACGUGGAAUAUUACUACAUUUUGUUAGAUUUUUACUGCAAGUAUAUUUACAACAAUUUUGUCUACAAUAGGAGGAAGGAUUUUUUCGAAGACGAUUUUUUUCACACAUUCCAGUACAUCACUCUUUUUUUUUGUAAAAUUUUAAAAAUCAACAAAUGCUUCCACGUGUUGGUCGAAAUAAAGUUGAACAAUUAUUUCGGACUGAGUUAUGACAUAUUUAACAGCUUCGUCAGUCUGUUUACUUUCCUCUUUUUUUUCUCCUUAAAAUAUAAAGAGAUGAAUGGAUUGAAUGAAGAUAUAUCCACUUGUUUACUUUUUCUUCUGAAAAAAAUAAAUAUUAACAAGUUGAAUGCUUACGUUUUUCAAAUUUUCUCCCAUUUGGAGCAUGAAGAUUUGCUACGCAGGGAGAGGAAGGAAGGGGCUCAGGAGAGACCACGAAACAUGUUCAGCUCCUCCGACAGGGAUAACACACACACGAAGGAAGAUGAUCAUAGGAACAGUGAUCCGAACCUCGGGGGUAACUUCCCCUCGGAAAACUACUUCACCCGCAGCGGCAACUACGGUGACCUCGCCAACUUCACGUAUGAGAAGGACCAAAUGGAUAUUAAGGAAAACUUCCGUAUCGACAUCUCCUUCUUGAAGAUGUUCGUCCUAAUGGAUGAGGUGCGUCAGGUGCAGAUGAUCACACCAGGGGGGGAAACCGACAAGGCAAGCAACAGAAGCAGUGAGGAGGACAGCCAGAGUGACAGCAGUCACAGCGAUCAAAGCGAAUGUAGUCAUCGAAGCGAUCGAAGUGAUCGGGACGACCUCCGUGAUUGCUCCUCCCGCCGAGCGAACGAACACGCCACGGAAAACUUCAGCCUGGAGGAAAUUUGCGUGGUGACCCUCAUGCACCUGUUCCAGGGGGAGGACCACAAAGCCAGCUUCAUUGCAGACCUGCUAAAGAUAUAUGAGGAGGAAAAAAAAAAAAAAAUCUACCCAUGCACAGAGGCAAUUUUAAAAAUAUUUCAAAAAAUGAUCAAAAGGAAAGGCAACACCUACUUCCACCAGGAUGUAUACAAAUCCUUCCAAAACAAAGUGUUGCAAAUGCUAGACAGCGUGGAGAUCCUGGAAAGCAAAUGGGUCACGUGGGUCUUCACCCAUUGUGCGAGCACGUUCAAAAGGGAAAAAGACAUUGAUAUUAAAAAACUGGUUAAGCUCUUUUUUGUUUCCUUCUACAAAUUUUUAAAACGAUAUUUUAUCCAGAUAAAUACCUUUUUGAGGAAUAAAAAAAUGUACAACAGUUAUAACAGUUUUAGCGACUUUUAUUUUUUCCUCUUCUCCAAAUAUAUUAACAGAAUAUUUACAGAAAACUUCUCCUCCUCCUUCAUUUUUAAGCUGAAAAAAUUUUCCAUUUUAAAUACGUCCAUAUCGAUUGUGAACUACAUGCUGAAAAUGGUCAAAAUGGUAAACCUGCAAAGGUUGAGGGAUGUGCAUGGAGAGUUGAGCUGUUCUUUCUCCCAAAGGUCAGCCGUGGUUGGUCCCCUUUUGAACAUGCCCAAUGGGGAGCAUACCCACAGGAGGGAGGAGAUGCUUCUUCACCUGCCCGAGGAGCAGAAAAAUCAAUCGGUACCCUUCUACACACAAAGUGGGAAGAGAAACGAGUCAGCCAUAUUCAACAGCUUCAUGAAAAAUAUAAUUAUAAACCACAAGACGUUGCUGAACAGGCCGGAACUAUAUUCCACCAAGCGAGUGAAUAUUUUUCAAAUAGGAAAAGAUCCAAGCAACCCCACCAACAAUGGUUACACCAUGGAUUACUUGCAGGACAUUCUGUUGCUUGAAAAGGAGAGCCAAGAUUGGAAGCUGCUAGGAAGUAGUAACGUUUUCUCUAACAGGGUGGAUGCUCCAGGGGGGAUUAAAAAUUCUCAUCAGAAUGGAUUUACCAAUGAUAAGACAAAUGCAUAUGGUACCCACGUGGGUAACAUGCAAGCGAAUGUGCAACGGAAUAAUCGCUCAGGGAAGGUCGAGCGUUUGCUUCACCCAUCCACAGUCAACUUCAGUAUGAACGGUUCCUCAGUCAGUGAGAACUCCAUUAUGAAGAAUGAAACAUUCGACGCGGAAAUAGAAGAGCUAUCACCCGUAGAGAGAUACAAGUUCACCUUCUCGACCUUUUUCAAUCACAUAAAAAAUUUUCUACAGAUCGUUUUGCAAAAUAAUUACGUCUUCUUUCUCAGUGACUUUUUACUAAUGCAUUAUGAACAGUCAGGCAAAAAAAAUAAUUUGUUCCAAUAUAACCUGAACAAGUCAGGUGGAUUUUACUCCGUUUUUAAUUUCCUCAUAAAUGAAUAUGUCGAGAAUUACUACAAGGAUAGGUAUGCCUACGUGGGGUGUCACUCGGUGAAGAUUCCUCAUUUUAGGAAACUCAACGAGCAGGUGAUCAAUCGUAUUCUGCUUCUCUUUUCGCUUCUUCUGGAGGCUUCUUGUGAGCUGUCCUUUUUGGAAGAAAUCAACGGCGUGUGUGCAAACAUUUCGAACCAGAUUUUUUCCCUCUUCGACACGUCUCACUUGAUCUUGAGUUUGUUCUCCAAGGUUACCUUGAGCGUCAUUCCGAAGAACGACCUCGUCAGCCAAUCGAUCAACAACGAUAUCCUGAGCAUAGAGAAAAGGCAGGCAGAGGAAAAGAGGGAAAUACUCACCAUAUCCCUGCUAUACUUCCUCACAUACAACUACAAGAACAUAUGUAACUUUUACUUGCGCCUGAACAGAUUUUUUAAAAUGAACGACUUCAACAACAUUUAUUUUUUGUGUAAGUACAGCCAGGGGUUCUUGCCCCUCCCCAAGGUAAUCAACCUAUUCCUGCAAAAGAUCCUGUUCUGUCUGAACAAAUCCAACAGUGCAACUGUCGAUAAUAUCAAGCUGGCCUACAUGAAGCGAGUCUUCCACGUGCUCAAGUUUGUCUACGAUUUUGUAAAGGACAACGAUUUGGUAACCGUGUCUAUUUUUCGAAGUUUGUUCAACGUCCUUCUGCGGAUCAUCAGGGGGUACGUGAGGGACAACGAAGGGGAAAAACACACGGGGGCGAAACAGUUGAAGAAGAAGCAAACGGAGGAACCGCCCUGCGAAGUGGCAUCCUACCAAUUCUACCACUUGCGCGUUCUUAACUUGGCUCUCCACUUUGCCAACGCGAUUUACUUUAACCUGGCUCCAGUGGAAAAAUCAACCGGGGAUAAACCCAACAAGGAAAGUCCGAAGGAAGAGGAGGGAGGAGGGCUCUACCGAAAGGAGCCAUUCUGGUACAACGUGGAAAAAUUGCUAGACCUGUUCACCCGCAGGUUAAAAAAAAACACCGACAAAUUCCUCUACUCCAGGAUCCACCACCUAUACACAAAGGAAGCAAAAAAAGAAAUAACCAUCUACAUGCAUAACCUGAACAUUAUGUGUGAGGUGUUCGAGCUCAUUGUUAAGGGAGUUUAUACCAAGGAGAGUCUGGUGUACCGAUUACUUAUUCGCAUUUCCUACGACCCUACCAUUUCUAGUGUAUUUUUUAACAUAAACUACGACACCCUGCAGCAAGUGAUGAAUUCCUACCAGGACCUACACAGGAAAAAUUUGGACUCCGCGCAGAACAUUAAAUUGUUGCUCCUGAACUGCAGAGGCGUAAAUGUAAACUCGUACGGACUGAUUAAUGAUGACGCACUUAUUGAAAAUGUUAUGGACUUUAUUACCCAGAGGAGGAUAAACCAUAAGUAUAUCCUAAACGUGAGUGAGCAUAGAAAAUCUGUGCAUCAUGGGGACGACAACAUGUUCGAGGAGAACAAUCACUCCUUUUCGGUGAAAAGUUUAAUUCAAAAGAAGAUCGAACUGUUGGACUCGGAUUAUGUAUAUAAUAGAAUUUUCAACGGGAAGGCAAAAAGGUAUGGAAAAAAGAAUUUUCUCUUUGACGUUAGGAACUACCUCUACUGUGUGAACGUCUGUUCAGGGGGGGGAAAUAACAUCACCAACGGGAACGGUGGUGGAAACACAAUCGCACAGGAGCACCUCCGCCAGAUUGAUCUAUUUCCCGGGUCGAGAUUACCGCCUGGUAGCGUGAUCCAUCUGGAAACAGGGUCAAUGCAUGACGGGGGUAAAUACACCCAAGGGGCACUUCCCCGGGAAGGCCUAAACCGUGCACCCUUCGGAGGUGGAACCGUCGGGGAUGCUGUGCGGGACAACCCCCUCAGGGAGUACAAGUCGGAUCAAAUGCUGAAAAAAAAAAUAGACGCAUCGAUUUUUAACAACCUGCAAACCAUUUUACCGGAGGGACAGGAGCAGUAUCCACCUCAUCUGGUAGGAGCAGCCAAGAGUGGUAGUGCUUCCGAAUUGGUUAACAAAACUGGGGAUGUAAAAGCAACUGCAAAUGGAUUCAAUCCACUCUCCAGAGAAGACCCGUCUACGGAGCAGAGUGAGUGGCUCUUCAGCGCGUACUGCGAAGACCAUUCCAUCGACCCGUUCUUUCCGCCAACUGAUGAACACAUGGAAAGGAAGAAAAAAAAACACAAGGAAAAAAAAACAAAACAAAACACUUACAUUAGUGGUGACACCGGGGUGAACUCCCCCUCGAGCGUAUUCAUCUAUUCGAAGUUUUUUAAGAACGAAGUGGAAUGCAUGCAAUAUAUUAACCUCACGCAGAGCACCUACGACAGCAGGAUGCGUCUGUUACUGAUCCUGUAUAAGCUGGUCAUAAUAAUGAAGCACAGGGAACUGCUUCACGAUGAAGUCUUCCAGAAGGAGGAAAGCCAAGCACUGAAAGGGGCCAACAUAAGUGGAAGCAUUCCCUUUCUUUUCUUCGUCUUCGAAGCGGUUAUUACGUUUAUUACGCCAUCUCAGCAGGUGAAUAAGAGUUCGCUUUACUACGUCCUGGUGUCAAACAUUUUAAUUAACCUACUGACGAUCAUAAGUGGAAGAAGCUUCGGUGGAGGUUCCGAUGAGCGAAGUCAGGGGGGUCACCCGGCCAACCCGACCCACCCGCAGGAACACACAUCCACGCAACAACCAACCGUGGAUAAGAAACGAAGCAACGAUAGGAGUUCCCUAAAACAUACUCAUGAUACGUUCGUGAGUGAGGAAGGAAUGGACUACUACCACCAGGGUAGCUUCUACACAGAUAUGUUCUCUCACGAAUCGUUCAUUUCGAAUGUAAAGAAUAAAAACGAUCACAUCGUCUUCGACAUUCUGGGAAACCUUUCCAAGAAGGAAGUGAACAAGUACCGAUUCAUCAGUGGGGUAAAAGCAGGGGAAGCCACCAACCAGGAACACACCAACAGGGGAAGGAGAAAACAUUCUUUCGAAAAGAAACGUGAGAACCGCCUCAUAUACGAUGUGCCACUGUUGCUCUCCCUAUUCGUCCGCUGUGUCACCUUGCACCUCCAAAAUUUUAAAUUCCACCACAAGAACGUAUUUGUACAAAGAAACUUCAACGCUCUCCAUGUGCCCAACUCCAUCCUCAAGUGCCUCUUCCCCGAGAACCAUUUUAACAUCAGCCUGUUCGUGAAUCUGCUGGAGCUAUUUUACGUGACAAUACGAAUUUACAACAAUCACUUUGUAGGACUGAACAGGGCGCUGUUCCAUGAGGGGGAAGGUGACUCCAAGGAGGAAGCGAACCGAACAGGCAGCACCAUACACCGAGGAGGCACCCUUGGUUAUGCAUAUACCCCCCGUGGUAAAACAACCGAACGGGAGGAGGACCCCCUGCAUGGUGAUAAGGAACACCUCCACUUGUACGUAUCAACAAUGAAUGGAAUCCUAAAUGAAUGCUACGAAGCCCACCACGAAAACAUGAAAAAUAGGGAUAGCAAUGUGAUCAAGUCGAACCCAAUCGAACGCAUCCUUCUGUACUUUCUCUACAACAGAAUCAAUUCUGUUUAUGACCUUUUUUACAACUUUUUCCUAAACUGCCUGAGGGAGAAGAAAAAAAAAAAAAAAAUUUUCGACGUGGCAAAUGAGUACAUCUACGGGUUCUUAAAAAACGACAUCUAUGACCAAAUUGACAGAAUCAACACAUUUCUGGAUUGUACCGAGUACUACGACUUUUACCUGAACACCCUAACCUUUAUGGUUUUAAAUAAGCACACGUGUCUACACAUAAUCAAGGGAGAUAUCCUCACGAAGCUUCUUUUCGUACCAGAUAUUUACCACGCGAUAUUCGACAAGAGCAAGACCUUCAGUGCUAUUUACUACCUGAACCACGACCAGCGGUAUGUCCGAAACAAGAACCACAUUCUACUCUGCUCCCUCAUUGUGCUGCUAAUAAAGAUGCUAUACGUCUUUGUGAAGAAUGUGAAGGGGGGAGGAAAUUCUUACCUCGAUGCGAACCCGUCUGAAGGGCCUCCCUUGGAUUAUUUAUUCAUGCGGAAGGGUGCAACCAUAGCGGAGGGGUGGGGAGUCCACCCUGCAGAUGCAGAAGACGCAGAAGAUGCAGAAGAUGCAGAACGGGGAGACGGGCAAACGGAAAAGCAGCACAAUGACCAAUUGAAGAACGAAGGGGAGUUGUUCCUGGAGGCCAUGCUAGACAUCAUAAGCAAGCUGUCCGAUCGAAUCAACUUUAUCUUCCUAAAAAUAGAAAAAAUAAAUUGCCUGGCCAUUUUCGAGGAGUCCUACCUCUACGUGGAGCUCCUUACAAAAACGUCCUACUACUGCAACAGCUUUAACAUAAACCACAUGCUGAUCUCGCUAAUGAGCAAAGGAGUGGAGCACCACCUAUUCUACAUAAACCGCAUUUUAGAAAAGUUCAUUUUUGAGAAGGAAGUCAUCAUCGACCCGUACAGUCCGUACGAAAUGAGUGCAUCUACUAGUGAAUCCAUUCAUAGGGAUAAGAAUAAGGCGAAUAUGACGAAUAGGAGGAAGAACGACUUGUCUUUGUUCACGCAGAGAGUUCUUUACCUUUGCUAUAAGUCCAUUCUAAAUUAUAACACCAUCCUGUUGAACAUAAUUCAGACGCCCUACUUCACCUACUCCUACUUCGUGGUGCACCUCUACAUUCUUCUGUUGAAGUCUACACGGCUGGUGACGAACGUUAUUGAGCACUUCGGCCGGAAAAACACGACCCUCAUUCGGACGAUUAGGGUCCACACGGGGCUGUCCUACGUGCCCAUCUGCCUAGACAUCGUGAACACAGUAAAGGAGAAGAAGAAGGAGAAAAUCCACUACGCACGGGGCACCGCCAAGUCCAGCCGCAGCUGUUACCUAAGUGACAGUCACUCGGGCAGCGAAACCUCCAACUAUUUAGGCGAAGUCGUCCACUACAACCGAUCUAUAGACGAAUAUAUAGAUACAAAAAGAGUCUACAAAGACGACUACAUGUUUAACUUUCUUCCAGAGAUGAUUGAACUAAGACGCUACUAUGAUAUCCUGAGAGAGAUCCUAGAGAGGAGUGCAUUCUUAGGAGCCUUCAUUCUGGAGAAACUAAAAGAUACGUGUGAAGAUUCCUGCCUCAAGCAGAUCCUUAUAAGCAACGUCUGCUCCUACCUCAUCCACGUCAACGCUACGCUGCUCCCGUCUAACAUCUGCACCAGCGGUUUGAAAAAGAAGUGCACCUUAAUUUACAACUAUGUGGUGAACAUACAUAAGAAGUGA